AUGUUCUUCUGCUCAAUCUCCGGCGAACCCCCCCAGGACCCUGUUAUCUCGCAAAAGUCUGGUCAUGUCUACGAGCGCAGGCUCAUCCUCAAGUACAUUACAGAGAAUAGCACUGACCCCAUAACGGGCGAAAAGCUGGAGGAAUCCGACCUCAUCACAGUCAAAGCCAACCCAAAGACUGCUGCUCCCCGUCCAACUUCCGCCACUUCCAUCCCAGCCCUGCUCCACACCCUGCAAAAUGAAUGGGACGCGCUCAUGCUUGAGACGUUUUCUCUGAAGCAACAGUACAACAGCGUGCGACAGGAGCUCAGCUACGCACUGUAUGCGCAAGACGCGGCUACUCGCGUCGUUGCACGUCUCAUGCGCGAACGUGACGCGGCCAGAGAAGCUCUUGCGAGCGUCUCUGCUACAAUGGGCAUUGCGCCGGCACCAUCGGGAGACGACGUCGAGAUGUCGGAGCCUGGCCAGGAGACUGUAGCACUCCCGGAAGAAGCUGCCAAACAGAUCGAAGAAACACGCGAGACGCUGUCUUCGAAGCGCAGGAAGCGCAAGCCUCCUCCGGGCUACGUCAACCCUGCGGACGUCAAGACCUUCACCGCGAAGCACACCAUCCCGUCGCUGCAUUCCACGAGCCCCUCGGGUAUCACUGCCCUUGCUGUUUCGCGGAGUGAGCCUUCGCAAUUCCUCACAGGUGGGAACGACAAGGUGGUGCAGCUAUAUGACCGCAGCACCGACAAGGUCCUCGCGUCACUCAAAGGCCAUACAAAAAAGGUCAUGGCUGUCGCAUUCCGGGAUGCCUGCAGCGAGUCAGAGCCCACGCUCCUCCUAUCCGCAAGUGCAGACAAAAUUGCAAAGGUUUGGGCUCAUGACAGUGCAUCGGGCGAAUACAUUCCCCGCGCGACCAUCCGCACGCACAGGGGCGAGCUGUCUGGCCUGGCUGUACAUCCGACGAAGACACUCGUUGCACUCGCCUCCGCGGACCGUACAUACUCCUUGCACGACCUUACAACCGGCAAUCUCGUCUACCGCUCACCUGUUGGGGAUGAACCAUUUGCAUCGCUCGGGGUGCAUCCUGACGGCACCCUUGUCGCCGUCGGCACGCCCACCUCGACGAUCAAGGUAUUUGACAUUCGCUCAGGAGCGAUUGCCGCAUCGUUGUCGCCGCCAGAAAGCACGCCGUUCACCGUGAAGACGCUGAGCUUCUCGGAGAAUGGAUACCACAUGCUCGCCCCCGACUCGCUCUCUUCGGUAGCGGUUUGGGACCUGCGGAAGCCCAAGAUCGCGCAUUCCAUUGCGCUUGGAGACAACUUCAAGGUCAACAAGGUCUCAUAUGACUACAGCGCGCAACUACUUGGUGUCGCCGGGAGCGAGGGUGUUCGCAUUUUCGCGCACAAGACUUGGGAGGAGCUUGUCCACUUCGAGGAGGCUGGUGAUGUUGCCGAUUUGGUCUUCGGCGAGGAGGGCAAGGAGAUCUGGGGCGCAAGUGGUAGGGAGGUAAGAAUAUGGGGUUUGCCUGCUUGAUUGUAGUAUGUAGCGUGUUCUUGUUCGCUGUGCAAAAUAUGAAGCUGCUGCUUCUGUUCUCUA